AUGACACGUGGCAACCAGCGAGAUACCGACCGUGCGCGCGCACAGGCGCGACAAGCUAAACAUGCAAAGUCCGUCACGCAGGGCAAUCCGCUUGCAAAGCGUGAGGCUGAUGCCAAAGCACUUCAAGAAAAAAUUGCACGAAAGGCGGCAAUGAAGGCUGAGGGUGGCGAUACUAAUGCCGACAAUGGCAAGGGGAGCAAGAAUGGGAAGCAACAAAAGAAAAAGUGA